AUGGGGAAGCUAAAUGUGGAGUCCAUCAUCAUGCACUUCAGCCACCUCCACCAGCUCCAGCUCACCAACCUCGCCGCCGCUGAUUGCUACCCACCAAGCCUCUCCCCCAGAGCGUCACCCACCCCUCGCACCCGCCUCAUCCCCUCUCUCUCCUCCCCUUCCCCGCCUACAAAGAAGGCUUCUUCCACUGCAACGCCUGCUCUCGCCAAGGCAGCAAUUUCUCGUACCAUUGCUCCAUAUGCGAGAGGAUUCAGCUGCGAUGUAUGCAGUGGCGUCGGGGGUGACCACUGGCUCUACCGGUGUGCCGCAUGCUGUUUCGACGCACACCUCCAUUGUGCCACUGCCAAUAGGCCUGCAAGCCAAACCCCGCCCAAUGCACAACUUCCUAGGCUACAGACCCGUCCCCAAGCUCAGCCGGUGGUGGGUUUUCCUAGCGUGUAUAGCCAACCAGGUGGGUCAAGCCAAGUGGUGGGUCAGGUCAAUGUGGCAAGGCCAGUGGCCUGGCAAGGCUACGAUGCAGGGGUACCAGGGGUUGUUGGGGUACAGGGCUAUGGGGCGAUGGCGCCCGGAGUGGUGAGGGCGCCUCAGGGCUCUGGGCCUGGUGCCAUGGGCGCACCACAGGGCUAUGUAGCCCGGCCGCCUGGUGCGGUGGCUGGGCAGGGGAAUAAUGGGCUGAUGGAGACUCUUGUUCAGGCGUUUGUGGGGGGGAUGGCGGACCAAAUGGGGCAGAGUCUUUUGGGGGGGGGUGUUGGGUGGUGGUAGGAAUGGUGGUGGAAAUGGUGGCGGCGGUGGCGAUGGUGGGGAUGGUGGCGGAGGAGUGGAUGUUUCUGGCGGAGAUGGAGGUGGGGUUGUGGAUUUGGGGUCCACUGAGUACUGAUCAACUUCUUUUCCCUCUCUCUCUCUCUCUCACUCACACACACACAUAAUGCUGUGUGCGUGUCCUCUCUCUCUCUCUAUGGGGUGCAAGUUGCAGUUGUGCUUCUGCAUCUUUACUUGUGUCAUGUUCUCUCUCUCUCUCUCUCUGUCUAUUUGGACAUUCUCUGAUCGUCUUCACAGCAAAAUAUAAGGACUGCUCUCACUCUCUCCUCCCUGCCUUUGGCUUUCUGUCUGAACUUUUAGCUUCUUUGUAACUUAAACAGGCCACUGUUUGGAUGGACGCAAUGCGUCUUAUAUCGUGGCAAAUAAUAGCAAGAUUUGCUUGUUUUAUUUCA